AUGGCAGAAGUCCUUGGUACAGCUCUCUCGAUCGUCGGAGCCGUUGGAGUUCUUGGUCAAAUCUUCUCCGGCUGUAUAACAGCCUACUCACUCUUCACAACCGCUUCUGACCUCUCACGAGACUCGGAAAAACUUAUCUGCAAAAUUAAGAUUGAGGAGAUGAGAUUAUUGGUUUGGGGUAGGGAGUGGGGGGUUUUGGAGGGAAGAUUUGAGGAGGAGUUGAAAAGAGAAGAGGGGAUUGGCAAUGCGAGGUUGAGAGGUUUGGCGAUGGAGAUUCUGAGUGAAUUGUACAAGACUAUUACAGACUUUCAGAAGUUGAGAGAGAAGUAUGGGGUUGUAGAGGAGAGCGGAAGGAGAGAUGAGAUCGAGAGAAGAGAAAGUUGGGAUAGGGAGGUGGAGAAAGAGAAAGGAGGUCUUGGAAUAGGGAAGUUGAGUUUGAGGAAUGAGUUGUCGAAGAGGGUUAAAUGGGUUAUAAGUGAUAAGGAGAAGUUCACAGUACUUUUGCAGGACCUGAAAGAUUAUAACAAUGGGUUGGAACAGCUGUUUCCACCAUCAAGACUAGCAACUCUGCACAGGACGUGGACAAAUGAACUAUUACAAGGUGCGCAUCGAGAUUUAGGCAAGCUGAAAGAUCUGGAGGCGGCGAGUAGUGGGGUGUAUCCGGCAUUGAAUGUCUCGGCCAAUCUCAAACAAUUGAGAAUCAACCUAGACGAGAAGGAAACCAAGAAUUUCAAGCCAACUUAUACCUUGAAGAUUCAACGCCAUGCGUUGGUGGUCAAAAAUACAGACAUGGGAAGAACUCAUGGGCAAUACAGAAAUCCAUCAUUAGCCGAGCCACAAGAGAUCAUAGUUGAAUGGGUAGAAUACGAGAAAGAAGACCUCGAUGCUCGAUUAAAUCAUCUUCGUCGAAUAGAUGAUCUCGCACGCAUGAUUCAUAGCGCUUCUGAUCGUCAUCCAGAUCUCCAUACAAUUGAUUGUCUCGGCUACACAGACGAUAGCACAUCUUCUCGCUACGGACUUAUCUAUCGUUCCUCGUCCUCCUCCUCAACCCUCAAUUCUCUCAUCACCAGCACUGAUUUCCGCACCCCCGACCUAGGCGAUCGUUUUAAACUCGCUCAUACACUUUCUGUUGCCCUCUGGUCCCUUCACUCCUUAGACUGGCUGCACAAAAAUCUCUGUAGUUCCAAUAUCCUUUUUUUCCCCAGCGCAUACACAAAAAGCCCCCGUAUCUCAAAGGAACGGGAAAACGUACCAGAUAUAAGCACGCCAUAUCUCCUCGGUUUUGACGCUUCCCGUCCAGAUCAUAUGGGGGAAAUGUCCAUCGCAUCUCGCAACCCUACAGCAGCGGAUCUCCAUCGUCAUCCUUCGUCUUUACAUUCCUCUUCUUGUCCACGCAAAGAGUAUUGCAAAUCCUUUGAUAUUUAUUCUCUAGGAUUGAUAUUGCUAGAGAUCGGCCUGUGGAAAACAUUGCAGACGUAUCAUAAACCACAUUACUCGGCGGAGAAAUUUAGGGAUAAGAUUGUAGUGCAGAAUUUAGUGCCGGGAUUGGGGAGCAAAGUUGGGAGGGGGUAUAGAGAGGUGGUGGAGAGAUGCUUGGGGGUUAGGGAAGAUGUAAAUGGGGUCGAAGCGGGGGCUUUGAUGGAAUUUGUGGUGGGGAGGUUGGAGAGCUUAAGAGUAUGA